AAACACCAAGCGGCGUGGGGCGUUUGUGCCUCGUGAGCCUCCGUUGCGGCGGGCGUUCGUGUCGCGCACCCUGCUGGGAGUUGUAGUUCCGGGCCCAGGGGUGCCUGGGAGGCGGGAGAGGGGCUGGGGUUCCUGAGCGCCGAUUCCGCGGGAAGGGCCCCGGGGCCUCUGAGUGUGCGAGUCGCGGGAGCGGCGCGGCUGACCCGGACAGGCGCUGCACGUGGAGCCCGCGCCGCCGCCGUUCCCAGCCGGCUGUGGAGCGCGGCCGAGGGCGGGCCACGGGCCGGAUUCCGGAGCUGGACUGACCGUUUGAAAUACUUCAGCCAUGACUAAGAGAGAAGCAGAAGAACUGAUAGAAAUUGAGAUUGAUGGAACUGAGAAACCAGAGUGCACAGAAGAGAGCAUUGUGGAACAGACCUACGCCCCAGCUGAAUGUGUAAGCCAGGCCAUAGACAUCAAUGAACCAAUAGGCAAUUUAAAGAAACUACUUGAACCGAGACUGCAGUGUUCUUUAGACGCUCAUGAAAUUUGCCUGCAAGACAUUCAGCUGGAUCCAGAGCGAAGCUUGUUUGACCAAGGAGUGAAAACAGACGGAACUGUACAGCUCAGUGUACAGGUAAUCUCUUACCAAGGAAUUGAGCCAAAGCUAAACAUUCUUGAAAUUGUUAAAACUGCGGAAACUGUUGAAGUGGUCAUUGAUCCAGAUGCCCACCAUGCAGAAGCAGAAGCACAUCUUGUGGAGGAAGCCCAAGUGAUAACUCUUGACGGCACCAAGCAUAUCACAACUAUCUCUGACGAAACCUCAGAACAAGUGACGAGAUGGGCUGCUGCCCUGGAAGGCUACAGAAAAGAGCAGGAGCGCCUUGGCAUCCCCUAUGAUCCUAUACAGUGGUCCACAGACCAAGUCCUCCAUUGGGUGGUUUGGGUAAUGAAGGAGUUCAGCAUGACUGAUAUAGACCUCACCACACUCAACAUUUCGGGAAGAGAAUUAUGUAGUCUCAACCAAGAAGAUUUUUUUCAGCGGGUCCCUCGGGGAGAAAUUCUCUGGAGUCAUCUGGAGCUUCUUCGAAAAUAUGUUUUGGCAAGCCAAGAACAACAGAUGAAUGAGAUAGUUACAAUUGACCAGCCCGUGCAAAUUAUCCCAGCGUCAGUGCAGUCAGCUACACCAACUACGAUCAAAGUUAUAAAUAGUAGUGCAAAGGCAGCCAAAGUACAGAGAUCCCCAAGGAUUUCAGGAGAAGAUAGAAGCUCACCUGGAAACAGAACAGGAAACAAUGGUCAGAUCCAACUGUGGCAGUUUCUGUUAGAGCUUCUCACUGACAAGGAUGCUCGAGACUGUAUUUCUUGGGUCGGUGAUGAAGGUGAAUUUAAGCUAAAUCAGCCUGAAUUGGUUGCACAAAAAUGGGGACAACGUAAAAACAAGCCUACAAUGAACUACGAGAAACUCAGCCGUGCGUUACGGUAUUAUUAUGAUGGAGACAUGAUUUGUAAAGUUCAAGGCAAGAGAUUUGUGUACAAAUUUGUUUGUGACUUGAAGACUCUUAUUGGAUACAGUGCAGCAGAGCUAAACCGCUUGGUCACAGAGUGUGAGCAGAAGAAACUUGCAAAGAUGCAGCUCCAUGGGAUUGCCCAGCCAGUCACAGCCGUAGCCCUGGCUGCUGCCUCUCUACAGACAGACAAGGACAAUUGAAACCAGGGACCUGCUGGGCAUCUAAGGCUUUUCUUAAAUAUUUGGAGCAAGCUUUGCUCUCAUCUUUAUUACUGAAUUUGAAUCUUAUUUCUAGACUGUACAAUCUGAUGCAUGAUUUUUUAUAAAUAUUUCAUACUCUUGUGAAUUUGGAUCUUUUUACUUUGAGCAUAUAUUUUAGAAAAUGUGUGUUAAAGGAUCUCCGCGAUGCCUGACAUAUGAGAGCAGGUUCAUCGUGGAGUAGUUUGCUAACAGUCAGGAAAGCUAAACUGGUCAGUAUUAAUGUCUAGCCCUACCAAAAACAGCCAGUAGCAUCUGAAGAUGACAGUAAGGAAGCUGUUUCCUCUCUGCUGCUUUCCAUAGAGCCCAAAAAAGGAAAUUUUCAGUAAGCAUGUGUGCCUGUUUCACCUAAUCAAGCAGAGCUAAAUGUUCAUAUCAAAUAAAAUUAUAUUGAUAAUUACUAAACUAUCAGGGUAUUAAUUUGUAUAUUUGCAAGUAAAGAAGAGGUUAACUGGCAGAAGAGAAUGUUGAAUGAGACCCAGGUUUAAAGCUGGCUUAACUCAAGCCGUUAUUAAUGGUUUUCUGUAUAGUUUAUUCAUUAUGUCAGGCCAAGGACUUAAAUUAUUUUGAGAGAGGCAUUUAAUCUAAUAAACUAGGUAUUGCAAAAAUUCCAAAAUGAUAUCAUUCUUUCAGAUUUUAAAAAACAUACCUCAGUAAGAAAAUAAGAAUUUGGUUUAGUUUGACUUCUGUUUUAUUUUUUAACUAAUCUGUAGUAGCAGAUUAUUAUGCAACAACCAUUUAUAUAUUCAUUUCUAUGUUUCGGAUAAAAUUAAGACUUUAGAUCGGACCUUUAAAGAUGUUAGUAAGUUACUUGUGAAUAGUUAUAAAAGGAUAUUUGACUUGGCACUGUCGGUGAUCUUUAAAUAAACUUUCCCACUUGUUUCAUUUUUUUCCUUUUGAAUAUUGCAUAUGUGUCUCUAAAAAAUUAUAUGUGGCCAGCUAAUCACUUUCUGCAUUAUGAAGACAUAAAGAUAUUCAAAAGAGAGACUUAUUUCUAAAAUCUUUAAGUAUUAUAUGAGAUGCCUUACUGCUUGCUAACACUAAGAAGAAAUGGCUAGAAAAAUCUUUUUUCUUUUGUUUUAAAGUAUUAUGCAUAAAUCAUGAUAUGAGAGACUAGCAAAUAGUUUUUAUAGCAGAAAGGUGUUCUCAGAAGAAUAUAAAGGCUACUUUAUUACACACCUCUUUCGUUUCUUUUCUUUUAAUUCAUGCCCAGAAAUGGCUUUAAAAGAACCCAUUUGAUGUUGACUAGGAGGAGAAAGCAAUGAUAUGCAGCCUGGUGGUAUUGGAGGUCAGCGGUGGCUGCUGCUGCGGUGCUAUCAGACUGCAACAAGCAUUGUUAGUUUGUUUAUAUUGAGUCCUUUAACAUUCUACAGUAAAUACCUAAAAACAAUUAAAUUGUUUCUCUCUCUCUCUCUCUUUUUUUUUUUUUUUUUUCCUUCUAAUAAACAGUAGGCUGGCAAACAUCAGUACAAUUUGAUCCCCAUGAUUUUAAAAAUAUCUGAAUAUAAAAAUGGUCCUGAGGCUCUGACUUCAGGUGACAAACGAGCAGCUGUAAAGGAGGCUUUUCCCAUGUUUGUAAAGCCUGGGGAAAUCAGUCACUGUUUCAAAACAGGAUGUUUCCAUAGCACAUGGAGAGCUUGAGGAUCUGCAGGUAAAAUGUUUCAGAGAUGUGAUGUGUGUUUCAUUUGUAGAAAUGUAGGCUUUAUUUAAGGGACGUCUAUUUCUAGGUCCCUAAAGUCUAUUUAAGUAUUUUCAAAUGCUUUGUUUAAAAAACAAAUAAACAACAAACUAUUCUGUAGGUUUUCUUUCUUUAUGGAUUUUCUUUCUUUGAUAGAUUUUGUUUUAGGCAUUAUCUGAACAGAGUUCUCAGACAUGAGAUGCUCAUUUCUCUUCACCUCCUAUGUACCUCCACACGGGAUAUGAGAGCGGUUUCUCCUCGGCUCAAGCUGUAACUCUGUCUCCACUUAGAUACAAAAAAAUACUUGUCCUUAUGCGGCCACAAUUUGCUAGUCUUUUAUUAAAAACAACUCAUAUUAAUUUGUGGUAUUCUUUGCUCAGUUUCAUCAUACACAUUUCAUAGAAUUUAAGAUACAGUCAAGCAAAAAGAACAUAGAGUUGUUUGACCAUCUUUUGUACCUUGUAAGUUCAAGAAUAAUGAAAUGUUCGCUUUUGUUUCAAAUCAGCUUUUCCAUGUGAUGUUUUCGUGGAGCUCUUUUUCUCCGUGUUCUAGCCUGAAGUCCGAACGUGGUGUUGGCAUUGGAAAAGUCUAGCUAGUUAGUUAGGCAGAGUUGCUGUGUGUGCUUGAACUCCACAUGAUCAAUUAACUGGUUACAUUCACUUUGGUGUCAGUCCAUGUAAAUAAAUUAGGAAGAAAUAUUUAAUUUUUCUCCCCAGAGAAAUGGUGAUGCUCGAGUAUGGUUAUUUCUUUUAAGGAGUGUACCUCCAAAUGUUUUUAGCAAGUUCUGUCGUUUUCUGCAUUUGCCGUUUAUGCUACUGCCUUUUAUAAAGAGCUAGUGUAUCCUUCAGAUAGCACAAAAAUGUUUUAAAAUUUAUAACUGCAAAACAAACCUGUGACUGACUUAAUGUCUUCAGAUCUAAAGGCUAUAAAAAUGUUAUUUCAAUAUUUCACUUACUCCCAAGGAAAAAAAAGUAUUCUCAGUCUUUUAUAGAAGGGAGAAUUUUUGCAUACAUUUUUACUCUUUAAAUAAAGACACUUAUACUAUCAUAAUAACAAUUAUGUAUUUCUUUGGUUUUUUUGUAAUUUUACAUAAAACAGUUAUUUUCUAUUUUUACUCAGAUAAAAAUAUUUGUGCAUAAAAUGUAAAAAUAGUAAAUGAGAAAAAUAAAACUAUUAUACAAUAAA